GGUUGGAGGUGCUGUGAAUUUGUGUUGUGUUAAAACUGAUGUGCUUUUGGUGUUGUUUGGGAUUUUUUUCAUAAUCGAUAUUAAGGUUAUAAUGGUGUAAGAAAAACAAACAUGGCUGACACUGAGAGCAUUAUAAAGUCUAAAGAAACACACUCAGAAGAUAUGAUUGAAAAAUUCAAUAUACCCAUCACAAUGUUUAGCAAAAAACCUAGUUAUGUAAUAUAUAACAAUUUAUACAAAGAAGACUUAAAAAGAAUAACUCUAAAAAGAGAAUAUAGUUUUUACAACUAUUGUUUCAUAAGUGUAUGUAUUAGUUUUAUAUUAGGUUUUAUAAUUGGAGUUGUGUUAAUGGGCGCUCAAACAAGUAUCGCUGUAAAGAAUCCCAGAAAACUUAACUCGACUGUAAGGACGUUGAACUCCUUAAAAGUUUCCAAAGACACGAGAGAACUAGAAAUUUUAGAUAAAAGAGCAUUUUCUGCCGUUUCAUUCACGGGAGACAACCACAAAUACAAAGACAUUUACCCCAAAAGUCUCACUGACGAUAUGAAAGAGAUUUUGAAAGAUAAUAAAAUGAAUCGUGAACACAAAAAACUUAAUUUCAAUCGAACGUUACAUGUUCCAAAUGAAAACACUGUACUCUACGGAAAUAUCUACUGGGGGACGGAAGUAGAAAAUUCAAUGCCUCAAGGAUAUGGAGAGAACACGGCGGAAAUAUGGGAACAGUACGUAAACCAAAGUGAAGUCGUCAAAAUGGAAGCCGGAUGCGGAAGGAUGCAAAAUCGUCUUGUUACUUUCAAAGAUGGAAUACAAGCCUGUGUGCGGUAUAGACAAAAUACAGAUCAAAUUCAAGGAGAGAUAUUUAGUUUCUAUGUCGCUAGGUUGCUUAAUCUUACUAAUUUAGCACCGACAGUUGUUAAAAUAGUUGAUGUUAAAGAUAAGCUGUGGUCUAAUGUAGCAAAUGACAUAGCGACUGCUCAGUGGAAUUCAAAUAGAGCAGUUAUUUUAACUCAGUAUAUACCGUCUCUAGAAUCGGCUACUAUACCUGAUAUUUUUAAGCCCUCAAAUCGCCACCUGAACAAAAAAGACAUUCAGGAAAUAACGAUGAAAGAAAAAGAUAUGGACAAACAAAUUUUAAUAAACAAACUCAAAUUAAAGAAUGUAAAAGCUAUAAUUGAUGACAAAGAUUUCGAUCAUGUUGAUAUGAAACUGAAUAAGAAAACGAAAGAAUUGUUCGUAGAACUUGCUCAAUGGUCAGAUUUGAUUAUUUUCGACUAUCUAACUGCCAAUUUAGAUAGAAUAGUAAAUAAUUUGUUUAACUACCAAUGGAAUGUAAAUAUAAUGGACGGUCCCGCUCAUAAUUUAGCCAGAAAGAUGGACAGUGGACUACUUAUGUUCUUAGAUAAUGAAUCUGGCUUGUUACACGGUUAUAGACUAUUAAAAAAAUAUAAUGUGUAUCAUAGUUUAAUGCUAGAUAACUUGUGUGUAUUUAGAAAAAGAACAGUUGACUCUAUAAAGGAACUAAGUGAUUUAUCUAUAGGUAGUAAAUUAAGUGAGAUAUUUCAUAGGAAAAAUAAUGCUAUAAUUAGAGAUAUAUUACCUCCGCUACCGGAGAAGAAUGCAAAAAUACUUCAAGAUAGAAUCAGUAAAGUUGUAAGUCAAAUUGAAAAAUGCGAGAGACUGUUUGGAACCAGAUAAUAUAAAAAUCCAUGAAAUAGUCAUAUUAUAAUAUUUUCCGGAGUCAUGCUAAAGGAGUGCAAUUGUAAUCAGUUACAAUAGAAAUUCAUAAAAACUAUUUGAAAUAAAGGUAUCACUUUUACUGAUUAGAAUGGUAUCGACUAGACUUAUUAGCAUGGCUUCGUCUAAGAUUCGUUCACCUACUACGGUUACUAGCAAUAAGUAAGCCCUGGGAUUAAGAGUAUAAACCAAAGGACGAGACAAUGGUGUUUAGUUUGUUUUUGUGACAGUUCAAACACGUGUUUUUGAUUGGACUACAAAUGCCGUUGACCAAUUAAAAUCAAAUGAUACGUUUCAGAUUCUUAUCCCAGAGAAACUUUAGUAAUCAUUUCAACAUUUGUUUAAUGUAAUUUAAACGAAAAAAAAAAUUAAAGGUUUUUAACAAAAAGGCAGUUUGUACUAUGAGAUUGUACUUUGUGAAUUGAAAUUAUAUCUUAUGGCCAUCCAUUAAAGUGCAUUUUACAAUGUAUAAAUAUUGUAACAGAUCUCUAUUUGUUAAAACAACUUUUUAUAAAUGAAUUGUAACUGACUAAAUCGAAUUUAAAAUUUGUAUAAAAUUAAUGUAUAUGUGAGAAAAGUGAUAGCGUUUUUGAUACCAAAUAUAAUUAUUUAUUGUAAAAUAUAUGUGCCAGUAAUAUGUGAUGAUAUUUAAUUAACUUUGUAAAUACUUUAGCCGCCAAGUGGAAUAUAAUGAACUCAUUUUAUUUAGCAAGUCGCAAGAUUCAAUAUUUAUUUCAAAUUUGGCAUAUAUCAUAUCUGUUGUAUCUGUUUGGAAAAUGGUGUCUUUAUUGCUUUUACUAUAGUAGUAUUAUAUGAAAAUAACAUAGUAAUUUCCCGAAUACAAAAUUAAUUUAAAUAAAGAUGUUAUACGAAACACAAAAGCCAUACAGUACCCAACAAUUGGUUUCAGAAAAAGACAUUGUUAAAUGCAUUGUACAUAACUUAAGUAAUUUGUCACGGAUUCCACAUGAAGCGAGCUUUAA